GAUAAACUCGCUGCGGGUCGCUGCUGCUGCUGCUGCGUGUCCGUCAUGAGGAGCGUCCUGGUGGGCAUGAAGAGCGUCCUGGUGAGCAGGAUGCGGCAUGAGGAGUGUCCUGGUGGGCAGGAUGCGGCAUGAGGAGCGUCCUGGUGGGCAGGAUGCGGCUGAGAUCUAACACGAAGGAAGCAUAUCGUACAUUUCCAACGGCUUAGCGUUGAAAUGCACUCUGCGUGUGAAGUGGUCCACAUGAGCGCUGCUUCAUGGGAGCAGCCGGGCGCUGCCUUGCUGCACACGGACAGAUGGCCUUUUAAAGUCCCGCUGGUCAGAGUCCACCUGAAGGCAGCAUGAUGCCUUCCAAAGUGUCGUGCCUCUACCUGCUGACCGUGGUGUGCUGGGCCAGCGCGCUGUGGUACUUAAGUAUAUCUCGGCCCACGUCCAGCUACGUGGGUCACAUGUCUCUGCCCAUACGCAAGACGGCCAAAGCUGCCCAGAACUUGACCUUCAGCAACAUCCGAACACGUCCUCUCAACCCGCACACCUUUGACUUUGUCAUCAACGAGCCCAAGAAGUGCGAGGACAGCGCCCCCUUCUUGGUCAUCCUCAUCAGCACCACGCACAAGGAGUUCGACGCCCGCCAAGCCAUCCGUGAGACCUGGGGCGACGAGAGCGCCUUCAGCGACCUGCGCGUCCUCGCCAUCUUCCUGCUGGGCAGGAACACCGAUCCCGUCCUCAACCGGAUGGUGGAGCAGGAGAGCCAGAUCUUCCACGACAUGGUGGUGGAGGACUUCAUAGACUCCUACCACAACCUCACCCUCAAGACUAUGAUGGGAAUGCGCUGGGUGGCCACAUUUUGCCCCAAGGCGCAGUACAUCAUGAAGACGGACAGCGACGUCUUCGUCAACAUGGACAAUCUCCUCUACAAGCUCCUGAAACCCAGCACCAAGCCCAGGAAGAGGUACUUCACGGGUUACGUGAUCAAUGGGGGUCCCAUAAGAGACAUGCGCAGUAAGUGGUACAUGUCCAGGGACUUGUACCCCGACAGCAGGUACCCGCCUUUCUGCUCGGGCACGGGGUACGUCUUUUCCUCGGACGUGGCGGAGAUGAUCUACAAGACCUCCCUGCACACCCAACUGCUGCACCUGGAGGACGUCUACGUGGGGUUGUGUCUGCGCAAGCUGGGCAUACAUCCCUUCCAGAACACUGGCUUCAACCACUGGAAGAUGGCCUACAGCUUGUGCCGCUACAGGAGAGUCAUCACCGUCCACCAGAUCUCACCUGAGGAGAUGCACCGUGUUUGGAGCGACAUGGCCAACAAGAAGCACCUGAAGUGUUAGUUAGUUGACUUCCCAUGAUGCCGUUAGUCAAUGUUGCAAAUCAUCGUACUAUUAUUAUUAUUAUUAUUCUCUAUCAGCACCAUUCAUGAUCGCUUAUCAGAAAGGGAAGACUAAAUAUAAACAGUCUCUGCUGUGUUCAAAAAGGUGUAGAAACUAUUCUGCAAGAUCAAAUUGAUCUGACUUCUAUUCACAACUGGGGGUCCAGACCUGAGGACUUUUAGCAUCCAGCUAAAACUGUUUGGCUGGGGGCCAAAAGCCCACUGCAUGAUAAGUAACACAAUUAUGUAUGUAUGUAUGUAUACAUACAUUUAUAUAAUGUGUGUGUGUG